UUAUUUUAUUUUUUCCCUAAAAACCUUUUUCCAAUGAAUCAUCAUCAUCUAUUUAAAAACAUAGCUUCGCGAUUACGCAUAUAAAAAAAAUAGAAAAAAAAAAGACAGUAGCAGUUCUGUUGAUUCCACACAUGCUUUGCAAUGGCGGAAGCAAGAGGAACCACGUGGUGGAGUGAGGAACUAGCAAGUCUUAUGGAAAAUUCAUUACCUGAAUCUUCGACAACGACGUCGUUUGAGGAUGUCAGAAAAUCAUCAUCAUCGGAGGAAGUGGAAGUAGGAGAGAGUUUGAAGGAACAUGCGGUUGGUUUUUUGAUGGCUUGGUGUGAGAUACUUAUGGAGUUAGGUAGAGGUUGUAGAGAUAUUCUUCAACAAAAUUUCUUCAAUGAAGAUUCUUAUCUUGUUCAAAAGUUACGAGGACCUUGUUCUAAGCUUUCUAAGAGAUUAAGCUUUCUGAAUGAUUUUUUGCCUGAAGAUCGUGAUCCUCUUCUUGCUUGGUCUAUUGUCUUUACCGUUUUUCUUCUUGCCUUCGCAGCUAUAAGUGUAGACUCUAAUCACCAAACCUCAACCAAGGCGGCAAUGGUUCGCAUGCAUCCUCCUAUUGCUAGCCGGAUAUUGCUCCCAGAUGGUAGGUACAUGGCUUAUCAAGAUCAAGGUGUUCCACCAGGCAGAGCUAGAUUUUCACUUGUUGCUCCACAUUCGUUUCUUUCAUCCCGGCUGGCAGGUAUUCCUGGAGUGAAAGCAUCGUUGCUCGAAGACUAUGGUGUUCGCUUGGUCACUUAUGAUCUUCCUGGUUUUGGGGAGAGUGAUCCACAUCCCAGCCGGAAUUUCAAUUCAUCGGCCAUGGAUAUGUUGCAUUUAGUUGAUGCUGUCAAUGUAACUGAUAAGUUCUGGGUACUAUGCCACUCAAGUGGAUGCAUUCAUGCUUGGGCUUCACUCAAAUAUAUUCCUGAGAGAAUUGCAGGUGCAGCAAUGUUAGCCCCUAUGGUUAGCCCAUACGAGUCACACAUGACUAAAGACGAGAUGAAAAGAACUUGGGAGAAGUGGCUGCCAAGGAGAAAAUAUAUGUAUUCCUUGGCUUAUAGAUUUCCAAAACUUCUCUCGUUUUUCUAUCGGAAAAGCUUCUUGCCGGAAAAGCAUGAGCGGAUUGACAAGCAAUUUUCACUUUCACUAGGAAAGAAGGAUGAAAUUCUCGUCGAUGAACCAGCAUUCGAAGAGUAUUGGCAGAGGGAUCUGGAGGAGUCUGUUCGGCAGGGAAACCUGAAGCCGUUUAUAGAGGAAGCUCUUCUGCAGGUAUCUAGAUGGGAUUUCAACAUAGAAGAACUUCAUGUGCAUAAGAAGUGUCAAACAGGAGGAUUACUUCUUUGGUUGAAAUCCAUGUACGGUCAGGCAGAAUGUGAAUUAGCAGGAUAUCUCGGCCGUAUACACAUAUGGCAGGGAUUAGACGAUAGAAUGGUCCCACCAUCAAUGACAGAAUACAUAGAAAGGGUGUUGCCAGAGGCAGUAAUCCAUAAGCUUCCAAACGAGGGUCACUUCUCCUAUUUCUUUUUCUGCGAUGAAUGCCAUAAGCAAAUAUUCUCCACUCUUUUUGGAACUCCUCAAGGUCCCUUUGAACGACAAGAGGAAACUAUGCUCGAGAAAAACACGGAAGAUGCUUUAGUAUCUGUUUCUGAUAUUGAAUGAUCGGAAACGACUGGUAUACACGAGUUAACUUUGGAUGUAAAUAACACAGGCGGCUCCUAUGCACAGCAAAGCUUCAAAGGAUACAGCAUUCCCAAGGAUUCAUAAAUUUUGAACCACGGGAGCUUUUGGAGAUAUAUAGGUCGAAGUGUCACCUUACACUGUUUCUACUAACCUUCCACUGUUCCGAAGCAAACUGUAUCUUAACUGCCUUCUCGGAUUUAGAGUGUUUAUUCGAUUGACCGUUAACUCAGCGGCAAAAUCGUGCCUGUUACUUAGUUCCACUUUUUAUUUUCAUCUCUUCUUUUUUUAUCAUUUUCUUAUGUUUCAAUUUAGAUUUUGCAUUUGGGGUUUGAUGGCUUAUUCAAAACGGAGUUCAUUGCUUCAGCUAUCACCUCUUAAUUGAAAAGAGAAGAAGGGAGCUUAGCGACAUACAAAUGAAAAAAUGAAAAGAUUCAUUACA